AUGAAGGCAGUACUAUCAUUAUUAGCAGUGGGAGCUUCAGUUCAAUUUACUGUAGCAAAAGAACCCUGGGAUAACUUCAAGCAUAUCAAAGCACCUCUUUUUGCGGAUAUUGUUAGUUUUGCACACCUUAAACAUCAACAUUGUUUGUUAGACAAAUCUGAGAAGUUCGACAUUGCGGUGAAUGGCUUACCACUAGAUACUAGUGUCAGUUAUAGAACGGGUGCUAGAUUUGGACCAAGUGGUAUCAGACAAGGCUCACGUCGACAGGAUCCUGAGAAUGCUUGGUCUCACUAUUGGAAACAAAAUCCAUACAAAAGAGGUAUAAAAGUUAUUGAUUGCGGGGAUGUUCCAGUUAUAGCCGUUGAUAACAAUAUGGCAUAUAAGUCAAUUGAAGCAGCCCAUGAUACUCUUUUAAACAGGCAGCCAGCAAGUAAACAACUGAAACAUCCUAUGUUGCUAACAUUUGGUGGAGAUCAUUCUGUCGAAUUACCCAUUCUGAGAUCUUUGAAAAAAGUAUAUGGCCCAAUUGCGCUUAUUCAAAUUGAUAGUCAUAUUGAUACAUGGUCUUCCGGAAAGAAAUAUGGAUUUAGUGACAAUCACAAUGAGGCACCGGUCAGUCAUGGUAAUAUGCUCUGGCAUGCCCAUGAAGAGGGUCUGCUUAGUUCGUCAAUUCAAGCUGGAAUUAGAACUCGGUUUACCAAUGAACUGGACAUUGAAGACAAUGAAAAGUUUGGGAUUGAAAUGCUUACGAUUGACGCUGUUGACGAGAUGGGAACAAAAGGUAUUUCAGAGCGCAUCAAAGAGCGCAUUGGUGAUAAACCUGCUUAUAUUACUUUCGACAUUGAUAGCUUAGACCCGGCUUUCGCACCAGCAACCGGCACACCAGAGCCUGGUGGUUUGACGACGCGCGAAGCUAAAGCUAUAUUGCGUGGUUUGGAAGGUUUGAAUCUAGUUGGUGCUGAUAUCGUGGAAGUCAGUCCAGCAUACGAUACUUCAGCAGAAUUGACGCAGAUGGUAGCUGCUGAAGUGGCGUACGAAUUACUCAAUUUACUCACGACUUCCCCGCUUAUGAAGACUAGCGUUCAUCAUGACGAAUUGUAG